AUGAAGCCUCGUACGCUCUCCAGGGAAGAAGAAGCAGAGUUAGCCAGGAGUAACAAGAAGGUGAAAGACAGCCAUCAUGCCAAGUUUAAUGAGGGUCCCAGCGACGGCUAUCCUCCGCAAAACAACUCCAACCAUUGGAACCAGUCUAAUGUGUCUUUCAGGGACAAGCUCGUGGGUGAAAUCCCUGGAGCGUUUGCCCAUGCUUUUGACUUCACGGACCACAUGGACGCUGAAAGUGACUCAGAAAAUGAAGACGAGGAUAUCAAUGAACUCCGCGCAGGUCUGGUAGCCAUCAAGCUAUCGAAAGACACCAAGAAGCGCUUACGAGAGCGCUGGUGUAAAGCAGUCAUUGUUAAGCUGGUAGGGCGUUCGGUCAGUUUCUUCUACAUGCAGAGUAAAUUAAAUCAUAUCUGGAAACCUGAGGGUAGAAUGGACGUCGUGGAUCUCAGCCACGGUUUUUUCCUGGUCCGUUUCUUCUCCAAGGAAGAUUUAAACUCUGUUCUAAGACGAGGACCUUGGUUUUUGGGGGAUCAUUUCCUCUCCAUUAGGCCAUGGGAACGGUUCUUCAAGCCUUCCACAGCGAACAUUUCUCUGGUUGCCGUGUGGAUUUGCCUCUACAAGCUGCCCAUUGAACUUUAUGAGACAGAAAUUCUGAGAGAGAUCGGCGAAUCCAUUGGGAAGGUUCUUAGGAUAGAUACGCAUACUGCCAUGGAAGCUAGGGGUAAGUAUGCGAGGAUGUGUAUUCAGAUUGAUAUCAACAAGCCCUUGAUCGAUACCAUUCUCAUCGGGUGUUUCGAACAGGCCGUGAACUAUGAAGGAAUUUAG